AACUUUGUCAUCUCCUACUUCCUUCCUUUCUUUCUUUCUUUGUGUGUUCUUGUUUUCCCCUCAACUCAAGCUACUACCAGGCUAGCAGAAAUGAACAUGGCUCUUACAGGAGGAGCAACUACUACGUCGUCGUUUUCCCUGACCAGGAUUGUUGGUUUCCCUCCUCCUCCGUCUCCAAGUCGUAGUUGUUCUAGGAUUCUGGGUGUCAAGGAAGGCCAAGAAAGAUGGAGAGGUGGCAAUGGCAUGGCUGUGAAGGCCAGGUUUGGGUCUUCCAAGGGUGGUGCUGGGGUCUUGGAGCGCCCAAAGUUUGACCAAUCCCAAUUUGACCCUGCUACCCAGCUUGAACAAGGAGGAGAUAUUGGACGACUCAAGGAGAAGAGAGGUAUUGGGAGUGGGGAUAGUUACAGAGUUUUGCUGGUUGAUGAUGUUCGCCACACUGAAAAAUUAGUUGCAAAGGUCGUGCCCCAAGUUGUUCCAUCUGUUACCCCUGAUGAUGCAAGAGGACUAUUUCUUAAAUCAAGGGAAAACGGGGUUGCUGUCGUUAUCGUUACAGUGAAGGAACAUGCUGAAUUUUACUCCCAAAUGAUGAUUCGUGGCGGGUUACGAUCAACAAUAGAACCGGAUUCAAAUAGUUUGUGAAGCAGUCAACCGAAGAUCCUGCAGUUGCAUUUGUAAUAGUGAUCCAAUUUUGAAGUUACAGUAUGCGUUUGGAGAAAUUUUUGAUGAAGAAAACGAGAGAGAUGCCAAGUGCGGGCAUUAUUUUUUAAUAUGUAGUAUUGUAUUCGUAAAAUUGGGUAGUUCGACAGUUACAUAGUAAUACGUAUGUGCGGGUAUUAUUUUUUGAUAUGAA